CCCUCCCCGCGGCUCCUCCGUUGUCUCAGCUUCCCGUCGCCCUGCAUGAACCCGCUGUCAUCUCGGUGCUCCUCAUCCUUCCCGGACAUAUAAGCGAAUAGAACCGGGUUGUCCUUCUCUCCCACACCGCAGCCAGGACCCACACACGGUGGCUGUAGGAGAUCCUGGGCUGGAGUCUGGCAACAGAAGACGCCUUCAAAACGUGUCUGGAAGCCAGAAACUAGCUAAGUGGUCCAUGUGGGUGAGUUAGAGGCUCUCUGGGGUCAGGAGCUAGUUAAGAGCUGGCCCGGGAUCAGGCUGCAGCCACAUAAUAAUCCUCUAAAGAGCAUUACCAGGCUAAGUUUGGCCCAGCCUGUCAGCCAUGAUGCAGACCUCUGACUCCUACAACCAGAAGAACUCGCUCUUCAACGCCAUGAACCGUUUCAUCGGUGCCGUCAACAACAUGGACCAGACAGUGAUGGUCCCCAGCUUGCUACGGGACGUCCCGCUGGACGAGGAUCUGAAGGCGGUGGAGAACGGGGCCGCCGGCGCCUCCAACGGCGCCGCCUACUUCCACCAGGACGGCGACAUGUACGGCUCGUACGUCCUGCUCAAGUCCAUCCGCAACGACAUCGAGUGGGGCAUCCUGCAGGGCGACGAGCGCUUCAAGGAGAAGGCGGGCCGGACGGAGAUGUCGCGGGUGGAGGUGGAGGAGGACGACCUGGAGAAACAGUUCCACUUCCACCUCAACGGCCUCCACGCAGUUCUCGCCAAGCUGACGCAUAAGGCCAACACGCUCACGAACCGCUACAAGGAGGAGAUCGGAUGUGGGAACUGACCCUGGAACGGGACCACGUGGGGGCUCCAGACACAUUUCAGCUCAUUACGUCAUUUCACCUGGUCGGUGGCAAAAGAAUAAAAAUACCAAAAAUCAGCAAAGUUCAGUUUUAAAAGCGGAAAUUAGCAGCUAGACGUCCUCCGGAGGUUCAAACGAAACCUCCCGAGGAUCCGAGCUUGAUCCCUGAGGAACGCCACAGCUGCAGAACCGGGCUGCACCAAGUGUCCUUGAAUGCACCGUAAACAGACCUACAUUCAGGUUUACCGCAGCCAGGAUGAACUCGGAUUUGGUCGUUAAUGAGCUAAAAUGUCAGAAAACCCGUGUGGUCGGUUCACAGAAGGACGGCUGGGCGGAGCGGACGCUGUCCAGCUCUCUGAGGACGCUGUCCAGCUCUCUGAGGACACUGUCCAGCUCUCUGAGGACACUGCUGGUGUGGGGUCUUUGCACUAAGGUUUCAGGGAUUUAGCCUGUCCUGUUUUUCCUGACGUCCUUCAUUUCAUGCUGCAAACUUCAAACUAUGCAAAGCGCCGAGGACUGAAACAGAAAACUGUCUGAAAAGUUGUUUGUUUGCUAAAUGCUGAAAACAUUUCAUCCAUGUUGUACUAAACUUGUAAAUUAUCAUUAAACAAACAUGUAAACAUGGAGGCAGCCCUGCUCACCUGCAGCUCACCUGAACCUCAGACGGAUGCACUGAACCAGGAGGAGGAGGAAGCUAGAAGCAACACUGGAGAUCUUCUAUGGGAUGUUUACGCUGGUCUUCAUGGUCCAGGGCGUUUCUCUGACAUGCUUGUUACUGUGUUUUCUACUUCACGUCCAGCCUGGCUAUUAAAAGUUUUGAUGAGA